AUGACUCCAAAUAUUCCUCCUACCACUGAACCGGUGAUUACACUUGUAUUAUUGUUUUCUAAUGCUUUAACUUUAGGAGAUUUUACUGGAGUUGGAGAUGCUGCAGGUGUUUUUGCUGUAGCUGGUGCUUUUCCAUUUGAUGGUGCUUUACCGUCAGGUCUUUUACCUGGUGCUUUACCUGGUGCUGGUGCUGGUGCUUUACCGUCGGCUGGUGCUUUGCCGUCGGCUGGUGCUUUACCAUCAUCGGCUGGUGCUUUACCGUCAGGUCCUUUACCUGGUGCUUUACUAUCAUCGCCUGGUGCUUUACCGUCAGGUCCUUUACCUGGUGCUUUACCACCAUCAGCUGGUGCUUUGCCGUCGGCUGGUGCUUUACCACCAUCAGCUGGUGCUUUACCAUCAGCUGGUGCUUUGCCGUCGGCUGGUGCUUUACCAUCAGCUGGUGCUUUGCCGUCGGCUGGUGCUUUACCGUCAGGUCCUUUACCUGGUGCUUUACCACCAUCAGCUGGUGCUUUACCAUCAGCUGGUGCUUUGCCAUCAGCUGGUGGUAAUUCUUGA